AUGCCUCCUGAAGGUCUGCCGAAUUGUCCCGGCUUGAAUCGACCGGAUCGAAAACGAAACGAAGUCACUUCGUUUCUCGGCUCAACCCGUCGUGGAGCGCUAUUUUGUCGGUCUGGUAAUUGGCUGGAAAUAAUCGACGAGCGAACUAGCCAAUUAGAAACACGACGAGGCGGAAUCGGCGACCAAGUACGAGGUACUCGACGUGAGGGCAGCCGAUUCAAACUUUUCUCCCCUCCUAAUCGCAAUGUUGCUCUUCGGCGACUUGCUCGCGCCGCAGUAUUGAAAACAUCAGCACCUAAGGAUCCAGGGUUCGUUGUGCGACGAACAAGCUGCGAACAAGCAAUGCAAACGCGAAUCGAGCGCAUACAGGAGCGGGUGGCGAAUCGUCGUCCGACGCCUCCGGCAAUGCGGAAACUUCGCAAGCGAAAACGACGACGACAACAGCGACUGGAACGUGAACAGCGCCAACGACGACUCCGACAACAAGAACUGGAGCGAUUACGCGAAGAAGAGUUGAAUCGGAAACGUAGGCCGAAGUAA